AUGUCCUUCCCCCACCCCAACACCUCCUACACCCUCGCCUGGAUCUGCGCGCUCCCCGAAGAAUACGACGUCGCAAUCGCAAUCCUUGACGAAAUUCACGGUUUACCGCAAAAUCAACCCCUCGAAGACAAAAACGCCUAUCUACUUGGCAGAAUAGGAGCGCAUAAUGUCGUUAUGGUUUGUCUGCCUGCAGGACGGAUGGGGACAACUGCCGCCGCAAUCGUAGCGGAGAACUUGUGUCAGACUUUUAGGUCGGUGAAGUAUGGGUUUCUUGUUGGUAUUGGGGGUGGUGUUCCAGGGUCUGGGAGGGAUAUCAGGUUGGGGGAUGUGGUGGUUAGUGUUCCGGGGGGUGGGUAUGGGGGUGUUGUACAGUAUGACCUGGCAGACGAGAGUGUAUAUCAAGGGCCAUUGAACUCGCCGCCGGAAAAGUUGCUAUCUUAUGUGACACUUCUGAGUAUUCUCAUGAGGAGUCCUAGGGUUGCUGGGAACUGCUUCCGGGAACAGUUGGAGCUUCUUGGGGAGGAGUUUGAGUAUCCGGUUCGUCUUGAAGAUAGAUUAUUCUGCUCGGGGAAGAAAAGGAAAGACACGCUUCCUGUUGUGCAUCUGGGCACGAUUGCCUCGGGGAAUACCGUUGUUGGGGAUGGUGUGACGAGAGAUACAAUUAAUCACCGGUUUGGGAACUCGAUCUUGUGUUUUGAGAUGGAAGCCGCGGGAGUUAUGAAUACCUUGCCUUGUCUGGUUGUUAGAGGUAUUAGUGAUUACGCGGACUCGAGGAAGAAUGAUGAGUGGCGGCCGCGUGCUAUUGCUGCUGCUUGCAGCUAUGCAAAGGCUUUAAUUUUGCAGAUUCCACCGGAAGAGGUGCCGCAGCAGGAGAUUUAUGUGCAUGUGACAGGUCCAAUCAAAGACCUGCGUGAUGAACUGGGUCAAAUAAAGGCGGCACUUUAUGGUCUCUGGAGUCUUCAGAGAGAUAAUGCAUAUACAGAAAGUCACAACGAUCAUCGCCUGACGACUGUGUGGAGCAGAAGCGUGAGCAUCACCGCAAGCCUCACUAGCAGGCUAGCCUUCCCAUAUUAUGGAUUGAUGCAAGCGAGCCAGUACGUAAGCUACAGGAUAUCGUCCUUUGUCGACAGCAUGAAGCGGUAUAUAUGUUCCAAGCUACUUGGGUACCCUACAAGAGACGCAAAAGCCGGCCCUAGAUGGGGGUGGCAUCUCAUCGCAGAGCCGCACAUGUGGAUGUCCUCGUGA